UCUAUGUUCUAUUUAUAAAAAAAAUAUCUUGCAGUUGGUUAGCAAAUUGUUCUUUCAGCCCCCAUCCAGCGAUUGUCCCAGCGGGAGGCCAGAGACCAUCAGUGCUGGUGACGCCAAAACCCAUGUAUCCACCCAACCCCGUCCCGGAAACCGAACAGACGGAACCAGUCGAUUUCUCGACGGGUCACGUGACACCCCGACCGGAAGUGUCUGAUCCCGUAAUAGCCGGUGCUGCCACCACCACGGCAGUCAUCCACCAUCCCGGAUCUCCUCCCGCUGUCAGCAGGACUCCGAUGGAACCAGCUCCUAUGUCUCCACCGACAACGCUUCCGAUUGCCGUGUCGCCUCACUGCUCACCUUCUCCUCAACCUCCUCACUCACCCUACCAACAGCUGCACUCCAUCCAACCUCCUCAAUCUCCCUAUCCUCAGAUCCAGAGUCCGGUAGUGGGAGGAGAAGCUGUCAGGUCACUAUCUCAUGUCACCGUAGGAGAUUAUGGAGCAUCCGAGAAAGAAAA